AUGAGCCUGUACAACAACAUUGUGGAUCUCAUUAAGAACAAAAAGGAGAUUAUAAAGGAGGAGAAGAAGCAGAGGGCCCUGAGUUGUCGUUAUGGAAAGAGCACCGUGCGGGAGAGUAGUUUCCGAGAAAUCAGUGCGAAGAGCCACCCCGAUGCACAACUCACGCGCAACACCCUCGUAAAAAACUUCCUUAGCGCACACAAACAGAUAAAAGAGAUACUAACACUGAAGGAUGUGUCUCUUCAAACGGCAACGUACAUUCUAAAUGUCGAACUGCAAAAAAUAGACAUGUUAAAAAAGUGCGAAAAAUGGAGAACCGUGCCUUAUGUAUAUCAGAAGACGGCAAACGAACUUGGAAUCAGGAAAAAGGAAUACUUAAAAAAGUUACAGAAACUCCAUGGACAAAAUGCGAAGGAAGGAAGACAAGGGAAGAGUUCCUUCCUUUCCAUUAAGAACGCUAGGUCUAGAUCAGCCCAUCAUGAUAAGGUGAAAACCUCAGUUCGCUUCAAGGAUCUUAUCCGUUCUUGCUCUCAUAGACAGGUGGGUGUCCGUGAAUUUGUUACAAAUUUUAAGGGACCAAUUGGAGGGGUAUCCGAAGAAGAUGGGUGGACAGAGAAACAAAAAAAGAGGAGGAGCAGGAGCACCACCAAGUUGAACGGGGAAGACUCAAUACGGAGUGAAGUGAGCGGCGAGGUUAGCACUGUUGCUGUCAUGGCAGAAGGAGUAUCAAGUGAAGAGACCAGUGCAAUGGGGCGUAUUGUGAAUUACCGAGGCUGUUUCUAUGAUGGUGCACCCACCGUUAGCGAUCCCACCGUUAGCGAUCCCACCGUUAGCGCACCCACCGUUGGCGAUCCCCCUGUUAGCGACACGCCUGUUGGUGAUCCUGCCGAAGUUGGGUGCGGGGGGGGGAAAUGCUUAUACUAUUACGAAGACGGGAAAACGGAGGAAAAAAAAAAAGUGGGUGUAGCCAAGGGCGCAAAGCAUGAUCAAGUGAAGGGAGGAAAGGAUGGCGGGGUCGUUGAACCCACAAACGAGAAUAAUCCCCUGCACAGGAAGAAGUCGAAAAAAGAAGUAGAAUGGACAGAUGAAGAAUAUCCAACGGAAGAAGGACUGCUGGAAGAGAAAAGCAAAGGGAACCAAUGCGGUUUCCUGUCCAUAUCAUGGAAUAACGGUCGGGAGAGUGAUGCGAAAUCUUCCAGAAUGUGUAACUUGGUAAGCGUGGAUAACUUCAUCCGACAAGGAUGUACAGGUAGAAAAGGGAUAGAAUACGAAUGCUUCAAUUUAAAGAGACAAGCAUCCUCAGGUAACUUUAAGAAGACCAUUCCUAACUUCGAGCGACACACCGUUUCGUCAUUCAUAAAGAAUCUAAGUGCGCAAAGAUCUAUUCAAGAGAAGAGGUUGAGUGAGAGGGAGGCAAGAAACACACACAAUGGGAAGAAGUUUCUAUUAGGUUCAAAGAGAAAUCUGGCUAGUACGAAGAGGACAUUGUCCAAUGCGAAGCGAACUAUGUCCGUAGGAAAUGCUUUAACCAAGUCUUCGAGAAGGGGGGUGUUGGAUAAACUUGGCAUGAUGAAUAAACUGGAAAAAUUAAAUAUAUUAAAUGAGCUGAGGAGGAUGAAUAAGCUAGGUAAAUCUUCCAAAGGGAAUUUAGAAGGAGGAGAAUUGCAAGUGGAGCAUCUCCUCAGUGACCACCUCAAUGAGCAGAUCCACGCUGAUGACGACGCAUUUGAGAAGCUCUGGAACAGGGUGAUGAAGAAACAGAUCUCGAUAGCGAAAAGGAUGAACUCAAACAUUAACGACAAAUUCGAUUUCUAUCAUAUAGGGGAUCUUAACGAGAGUUAUUCCUGGGUAAAGAAUUUAAGAAAUUAUAGCAACUCGAUGAGUAAGACGAGACAGAACUCUUGGAAAGGGAGUAGGGGUAACAGCCUUGGGGUGAACAACAUGAGAGGAGGUGAUUCUGGGACAUCCUUCUCCAGAAGCCUCAGUAGGGUAAACAGUAAAACAGCCCCAAAGAAGAAGAGGACAUUCGUCCGCAAAAACACUGCACGUGGAGUAAGCAUCAAUCAGAUGAAUACGAUAAAUGAGUUGAGUAGCGCCGCCUCGAUAGUUAGACCCCUCUCCCCGGAGCUUUCCCAAGAUGAUCCAACUAACAGUAGUACUAGUAGCGAUGAGGACAACUACGACCAUCACGUGUACAUGAAAAAGGGCCCCUUCUGCACGGACGAUCCACCCAUUACGGAUGAGCUGCAUCCCUCCAUGCAACAACGUAACACAAAAGAUAUCUCCUCCUUAACCAAAGACAAAACAAAUCGGUCAGACACAGGAAAACACUUCCUACAAGCGGAAGACAAAUUACCAUUAGAAAAAAUUCCUAAAAGAAAAAGUUACACAAAAAUGAAUGAAAAAAUUAUGAACAAGUCAGGUAAAAUAGAAACGACUUCCCAUACAGAAAAAUAUUCUCCUCCAAGAAUCUACGAAAUCAUUAUUAACGUCCCCAAGAGAGACAAUGCUGUAGGGUACAUGGAGUCCCAGUUCUAUUCUGAAGAAGAACCCACUGUAAAUUCCUGUGUCUCCCAGAGUAACGAAAAAGAAGAUAAUUCUGCAUGCCAUGGAAUUCGCCUGACUUGUGCAGGUGAAAAUGAUAACCUUGUAAAAAACGAAUGCAUCAAUUUGAAGCUGAAAGGGAGGCAUGUGUAUAAGAACGUCGGCGAUAAGUGUAUCGAUUACUGCACCGAUAAUUACAACUACUUGAACAACUGGAAGCAAUACGUGAGUAACAAUAUUCAGAGAGUAAGCGACUUUGCCAAGGAGAACAAGUGCUCAGGGAUAUCUGCACCCCCCUUGUUUUCUGCAAAGGAGAAGAGCAACCCUUGUAGUCGAUUCAAUUCUGUGGAUGUAACAAACGUAAAGGUUGAAACAUCCCAAGACAUUAACUCCAAGGGCAUUGUGGAUUCCGUGAACAGUAAGGUAAUUUUCCCAGAGGGUGGAGAUUAUCAAAGGGAUUCUGUUGUGAAGAAGCCUUUCCAGGAGAAGGACCCAUUACAGGACCAGAACGGUGUACCCCUCUCUUGCGGUAGAACUUUCACCAUUGGUAAUAACAUGAUGUGGAGUGCGAAGGGAACCUCGUUUGACGAAGUACUUCUGAACGGGGAGAACAACUCUCCAUUGAGGGAGGAUGCGCAAAUGGGAGAAAGUAUCCUCGGGAAGAUGCCUAGUGUAGGAGUUUCUAAAAUGUACUCACUAAAGAAUGCGAAUCAACAGAUCGUCGAAAGUGCAAACCUCCACACAGAUGCAGUAGAGGAUGUACUAGAUGCCUACCUAGGGGUAAUGAAAGGCAACGAAUUUGUUGACGAGUCCAUCUUAGGAAAAGAUGAAAAGAAAGAUGCAGGUACCAGCCUUGUGAGGAAGGCUCAAGAAAUACUUCACUCAGAUGUGAAGUUGCCUCCAGUUGAAAGUUCAGUAGACAAAGUACAGAUUCUAUAUGAAGAGAAUUACGACGAAAUGAACAGGAGGCCCACCACGUAUAGCUUUCCAAUUCCUAGGGACAACAUGGAAGAAAUAAAAGAAGGGGUAAAGGACAAAGACGACAUGGUGAUGAUGCCACAUUUGAUAGAAUCCACCCCAGACAAUUACGUAAUGAUAAAAAAUGUUAUUCCUAUACCAAAACUACAGUUAGACAAAAUACAACAGAGCAGAAAUUUUAACUCGUACGAAGUAUGUUAUGUGAAGGGGGCACAAAAUGGAUUUCAGAUUCCGCACCAUGCAGGUAACAAUCUAGAUGUAGAUGGAACACCUACGGGGAUACAUAAUGUUGAUAAAAUGGCCUGCUUCAAUAAGAACCUCUUUGGAGUGGCCAAUCCGACAUGCUUUCCUAUCAUCACCUGCAACAACAUUGCAGUUAAAGGUUCCAUGGAUCCUUUCAUUAGCAAAAUGAAUUGCUUUGGUGGGACUGAUCCGAAUGAAUCAUCAAAGAAGGACAAUGAAGUAGAUGUAGACAAGGAUCUGCUACAUCUGGAAAGUAAGUACACAGGAACCCCUGUCGGAGUGCCUGCAAUGGGGGAGAAGAAGCAGGUUCAUCUGCCUGAAGUGCCAUCACGGGAGAACAUCAAAAUGGCUAUCAGGUCCACCACUAUUCAUUGUGAUGAUAACAACUCCUUUGAAGGAAAUGGGUUCAAUAGACUAAGAACCCACAUUACGGAUGCAACCACCUUCCCUUCCAACAAGACCAAUUCUAUCAUGGGGGAUCUUCCUGUCAAUUCCGGGAAUCGACCUGAUUCGGGUGACUUCCCUCAAGGAGAGAUAAAAAAAAUGGGGGCAGAUACUCCUAAGGAGAAUGAGAAGAUAUGCCCUCAGCGUGCUUCUUCCGUGAUCCCAGAAGUAUCUGCAUCUACACUUCAUAUGAAUAAGGGGUUCACUAAUGAGUGGCAAGACUUCCAUUAUGAUAGCAACAAUAUCCCUGGUACCUCUAAACCGAACUUGAAUUGCAUGCAGGGGGGAGAAUCCCUAUGUGGUGUUCGUUGCGGUGAAGGUUCUAUGGGGGUGCCCGCCGGGGGGUGUGCAAACGUGUGCGGGUAUGCAACCCAUGGGGGGGCAACGACUGGGCAUCUCGUCGGUAAACUGGACAAGGAUGAACACGACAAGGAUGAACACGACAAGGGUGAACACGACAAGGAUGAACACGACAAGGAUAAACAGAGCAAGGAUAAACACGACAAGGGUGAACAGAACAAGGGUGAACAGAACAAAGGUGAACACGACAAGGAUAAACACGACAAGGGUGAACAGAACAAGGGUGAACACGACAAGGAUAAACACGACAAGGAUAAACGGAGCAAGGACGAACAGAGCAAGGAUGAACAGAACAAGGAGGCGCCCCCGAAAAAAUCUUACGCAAACAUAAUUCUUGGAUUUUUCGGGAUAAGGACAGAAAAUGAAAAAGGUAAAGCCGAUCCGGGUGGGAAAAAAAAAAAGGUGGAAGGACCAAAGAAAGAGAUAGAAGUAGUUUCAAAAAGGGCCCCCUCAAAUGUGAUAAAUACUCAGGUGCCUAUUUUUUUUAAAAAGAAAAACCAAAGUGGCCAUUCAAGCGAUUGCUAUGCGAAGAACCUUGAAGGUGGUUGCAUCUCUCUGGGUAGAUCCAACGGGUAUGCCCUUCCCUCCACGACGAACUUUGUGAGGAACGCGCAGAAAAAGGUUACCACGGUAGGUAGCGCACUCAAUCAAGGAAACGCCUCCCUUGCAGAGGGGUCCUGUCCAGACAUGUCUGUCAUGGGUAGAAGAAGCUUCUCCACCCAUUUCCAUAACAUGAACGGAAUGAAAGAGGGGGCAAGGUUGUGUAACAUAGGGUUCAUUCCGAGGCGAGCUAAACAGGUGAAUGGAUAUUACAACACGCGCAAUGGAGUUAUGUGCAGUAGGGUUGCGGAUUUACACGUGAAGCCUAUGAGGUACAUGGGCCAUGCAAUGAGCGGGGCCCAGUUGGGGCCAAACGGAUCAAACGGAUCUAACGAACGAAGCGAACGAUAUAGCUUCGACCGUGGUAGUCAAGGUAGAGAAAACAGACCAGAUGGGCCACUCCCCCCGAGGUUCGGUACCAGUGGAGAUGCACCGGAGGGAUGCGGGGCAAGGGGAUCCAUAGAGACGCAGAUGACCGAGAAGAAUUGUCCACACCUAAUGAGUAACAGUAUCGGAACACUUCCGGGUAGAAGGAAUCAAGUGGCAGAUUCAUGGAAGGACCUGCUACCCCAAGGAAGUAACUAUGUGAGUAACCACAUGAGUAACUACAUGAGUGACUAUGUCAGUAGCUACAUGAGUGACUGCAACCGCGUUGGGAUGACGGGAGGCACCUUACGCCAGGCGAGUGAGAUGAAGGAUGAAGGCGUGGUGCGACAGGGAAUUACCUCCCGAUGUAGCAGUCGGGGUGCACCCCAAUGGGGAAAUCCCCACCAUGGAGCUAAUCUCAGUAACAGUAGGACCACGCCAAGUGCCUCCAUCCAAAGGUACCAAAGUGAAAAGUACCUUCCUAGAAAAACAAACGAAACGCAAUACCAUAUGUAUGCAAGGGAUAUGUCGCAGGGGAAUCCACUUGAACCUUCCUCCAAAAUGACGACUUCGAAAAAUUCUCCUCAUGUAGAUAUGACGAAGAAGAAAACCUUCUGCAUGAACGGAACGACUACUCAAGGGAUGGUGGAGAUUGUUCCUCCUGUGAACACUCAGUUAGGAGAGAAACAAACGGGGUUGUCUAUUUUUAAUGCACCCAGUGUUGUGCAAUAUAACAGAGCCAUUCUAAUAAAUGGGUCGAGGGUAAGUACAAAUGGCCUCACGACCCCAGGUGACAGGUAUGUAAGUAACGUGGGAAGUACAGACUGGGAUAAGAAAACUCUACCGAUGCGUAACGCACCCGCAGAUGUGAGUUGCACUACUGACUAUGUCUACAGGAAUAUAAUAGAAACUGUGGAGGGAGAGAUGAAGCAAGAAGGUAAGAAGAUGGAGGGAAAUGUCAUGCAACAAUGUGAAAUAGUUCCGGGGGUGGAUAAACAGAUGGAGGAGAAGGAGAAGAAAAAAAACACUCAAGGGGAAAGGGGCUCUGGUGAGAACUGUUCGGUGGUACCUUGGGGGGAGGAGGAUGAAAUGAAGGAUGAUGACGACGAUGAAGGCGAUGAAGAAGAUGAUGAUGACGAUGAUGAGAAAGAAGAAGAGGAUGGAGAUAGUGAAGUGGAUGGAGUAGAGAAAGAGGAAAGUGACGUGGAGGAAGAAAACGACAACGAUGAUGAUGAGGAGGAGGAUGAGGAGGAUAAUGACGAUGAUGAUGAUGAUGACGAUGGUAACGAGGACGAAGGUGAAGUAGAUAGUGGAGUGGACGAAGAAGAGGUUGAAAGCGAUGUGCACGAAGUUGAAAGUGGAGAAGAAGUUGACGAUGAUAAUAACGAUGAUGAGUAUGAUGAUGAUGAGGAUGACGAGGAGGAGAGUGUAGAGGUAGACCAAGUUGAAAGUCUCGAGGGGGAGGAAGAUGAAGAUGAAGGAGAGGGAAGUGCAGUAGACGUCGAGCAAGAUGAGGACGAAGAAGAAGAUGAUGCUGAUGAGGAGGAGGAAGACGAGGAAGAAGGCGGAGAGGACGAUGAAGAGGGAGAUUAUGAGGAAGGUGAUGAUGAUGAGGAGGAGGAAGAAGAAGAAGCUGUUGAAGAGGAAGAGCAAGAGGAGGAAGAAGAAGAAGAAGAAGAUGAAGAAGAAGAAGAAGAUGAAGACGAAGAAGAAGAUGAAGACGAAGAAGUAGUGGAGGAAGAGGAAAGUGGAAUAGAAGUGGAAGAAGAAGAUGAAACUACAGAAGAGGAUAUUGAAAUAGAAGGUCAAGGGGAGAGUGAUGUAGAUGUGGAGGGAGAAGAAGAAGAAGACGUCGAAGAGGAAGAAAUAGAAGUAGAAGAAGAAGUUGGAAGUUCAGAGGAGGAAGUUGAAGAAGACGAAGCUGACGUGGAGGAUGACGAUGAAGAUGAAGAAGAAGAUGAUGAGAAUGAUGAUGAAGCAGACGAUGAAGAGGAUGAUGAUGAAGCAGACGAUGAAGAGGAUGAGGACGGUGAUGAGGAGGAUGAUGACCACGCUGCUGACGCCGAUGACGAGGCGGAAACGGAGGAAUCCCCCCGUGGGUACAAAAAUGUUCCAAGGAAAAACACCUCCGGGCAAGGUAUCGUCCUUCGCAAAAGCACGAAAUGUGUAGAAGAGAACGGAGAAAACUCCAACAUCUACCUGCACGGAAGUGAGCACACCAUAAACUCCGAUUCGAUGCGUAGGGAGAGCAACGAGUCGUACACAUUACAGGAGGAGGGGACCUUCAGGUUAUCACAAAAUCAUUCUGAUGAUGAAACAGAAGGACGUGUUUUCUGCGCAAAUGUUCCUGGAAAGCAUUCCAAUUUGGAAAGAUUCUCACAUGAAACCAUUGUAGAAAAUGGCUUGAGUGGUUGCACGAACGAAGAGCAUAGAAGAAGAGACCACACGAAUGGGGGUGAGAGGCAUCUCCACUACGGUGCAGAUUUCCCUAAAGAACACAAAAAAGACAAGGCACGUGAUUCCAACGGGUCAUAUAUGUAUCUGGACGAAAUUUCCAAGAAAAUGGAACUAGAAAAAAAAUGCAACGAAGAGCUAAAGAAGAAGCUACAGGAGCAGAUACUCAUACAGAGGGGUCUCGUCCGAAUAAAGGAACAACAGCAGGUGUAUUUGGAUCUCCUCAAGAAGAACGAUGCGCACAAUACAAAGGGGAAGGUACCCGUCCCGCAGUUCGAACUUGAGUGA